AUGAAACCGUCCCUACUCCUCCUCGCCGCCGGGGAUGUGGUUCUCGCCUUUCCUGGCCUCAUGGGCGUGAUUCGUUCACCCGAAUCUUCGCAGAUUGACAAGCGCGCCAUCGUGUACCCGCCCGAUCGACCACCCCAGUACAAAGGCACCAGACCAAACACCGGUCUACCACCUCCACCAUUCAACGCCGAAGAUCAACUUGUCUCGACCACGGGUGAUCACAUAUGGAUUGCACCUGGCCCAAACGAUCUUCGUGGACCGUGCCCAGGCCUUAACGCUGCUGCCAAUCAUGGCUAUCUGUCUCGUAGUGGUAUCUCGAGUAUUCCGGAAGCUAUCGCAGGUCUGCAACAGGCUUACAACGUCGGACCUGAUGCUGGUGCUGCCUUAUCCAUCAUAGCCGUUGCUCUAAGUGGCAAUCCAAUCACUGGCACAUGGUCUAUCGGUGGUGAAUACGCGGGAGCUGCUGGACUCUUCCCAACGCGUGGGAUUUCAGACACUCACGAUAAGUAUGAGGGUGAUGGGUCCAUUACGAGGGGAGACGCCUACCUUCACAAUGGAUCCCCUCUAAUCGUCGAGAUGCACAAAUUUAACAACAUCUGGAACAUUAUGGGCGACAACUUCGGUUUUGACCAAGCGAAUAUGCAAGUCGACUACUCUCGCCAAUACUCGAUUGCGAACAAUCCUUACUUUUUCACUGCAUCGUUCGGCCCGAUUGUUGCCGCCGCGGCCCAUGAACUGGUCGUCAACUUGAUGUCCAAUCAUAGCGCCGAAAACCCUGGUGGAACCUUGAACAAGGAAAACAUGAAGUCCUUUUUCUCUAUUGAAGGCGACGCCCCCGGAAACUUCAGUCACAUUGUCGGGUACGAACGUAUCCCCGACAACUGGUACCGUCGCCCAACAGUCCUUGCCUAUAAUAUUGCGGACUUGGGUCUUGAUCUUGCACAAUUGGUCACACAGUAUCCCGGAACCCUUUCCCCUGGCGGCAAUGCUGGGAAAGUUAAUACCUUUACUGGCGUUGAUCUAGGCAACCUCACCGGUGGUGUAUUCAACGCAGAGACUUUAUUUGAGGGUAACAACUUCGCUUGUUUCUUCUACCAAGCGUCGUUGCAGGCUCUUCCCGAUGCUGCUGAGCCACUUCUUGGGGCUGUCGGCUCUAUCCUUGGCUGGGCAGAGUCUCAAUUCGGUCCAUUUACAUCCGCACUGAACUGCCCUCAGCUUGCACAGUUCAAUAAUCAGCUUCUUAACAAGUACCCAGGCUCGACGGCGGGAACAGGCAAUGGUGAUCCAGUGGGAACGCAGCCCAAUGGAGCGAGAGAGAGUUGA